ACAUAAUUUAUUCCAAGAAUCAAAUCAAUAAUUUUAUUGAUAUGACUGAUUCUUUCAACAGUAACGAUAGCACAACAGAACUUCUUUCACAACCACUUGAAGAAUUAAAUAGUCUGCUUGACAAUAAUGAUGAAUGGCAAUUUAAUAAUGAGUGCGUGACAUCACACAUUGGCACUCUUAGGAAUUUAUUGGAACAACUUUCUUCCAUGGAAAAAUCUAUACAAUUACAAUUUAUUGAUAAAUUAAUAGAUUUUGCAGAAGAAAAUGAUAUUAACAAAUGGAUAUUGUUUAAAGCUAACAUCACUCGCAAAUUGCUAACUACUGUAAUUUGGAAGAUAAGUCAAAGAAAUGAAGUUGUUGAAAGUACAAUGAAAUUAUUAGAAAUCAUUUGUUCAUUUUCUGUCAAAGUUUCAGAUAUUAAGUUAAUAUUAAAUAUGAUUUGUAAUAAGAAUAUUGAAAUUGAAGACAAUAACAACAAUAACAAUAGUCAACGAGAGAAUUCUAGUAGUAUAUGGUAUCAAGGUUCUCUAUUAAAAUUCUUGAGUUCAAUUGCUCAAAAACAGAACACUUCCAAUCACACUACUUUAGAUUUCUUUUACUUUAAAGGAGGAAUUGAUUCUGGCAUUAAAUUAUCAAGAAUUGAAAAUUUUCCUACAAAUGGUUAUUCCUUUUUCACUUGGAUAAAAUUGGAUUCUCUUUUAUCAUUAAAUUCAAAAGCCUUUAAUAACGAAAAUAACAGAAAUAAUGAUUAUUCUCCACGAUUAUUUUCAUUCUUCAAAGAAAAUGGUGAUGGGAUUGAAGCAUAUUUUGAUAAAAACAAAUUAUCAAUCCAAUCUAAAAAAGGCACUAAGGUUACAACAAUUACUGUGAAAAAUUUUAUUUUUGCACAGAACAGACUGUACUUUAUUACUAUUGUGCAUCAACCCUCAAAAAAAGGAUGGACUACAACACCUGCUGAACUAUUAAUAGUUAUAAAUGGAGAUAGUUAUUUCGAAUAUAAUUUAGAAUAUCCAACAAAUUAUUAUUAUUCUUCUACUACUGCUACUCACUUAUUUAAUUAUUGUACUAUAGCUUCUUCAUCAAAAGAUCAAAGUUGUUAUAAUUUAGCAUCUACAAAUUUAACGAAAAAAUAUUCUCUAGAGGCUAAACUAUUUGGAGUUGAAAAAUGUUCUACGCUAAGUAUACAGAAUGCAAUACAAUGUUUAGGUGAUAUAGAGAUUUUAUUUCCUAUUAUCAUGCGGUUUGACAAUUUAAAUUCCAUUGCUUUUCAAGCAAUAAGUGAAUUACAAGAUGAUUUUUUCUCCUUUGAAGGUCCAUGUAGAAUUUUUUUUGUCCUUUUGACAUCACUAUUACAAAACAAUCCAAAAAGUCAAAAUCAUAUCAUAAAAAAUCAAGGUAUCAAAGUUCUUAGUCUAUUACUUCAACAAAUUGGUCCAAGACACUUCUCUAUAUCAGCUUUUAAAAGUAUGCUUACAUUGGCAAGUACAUUAGAAUCAUCCAAUGAAACUCUUGUAAAUGAAGUUUAUAAGCAUUUAAUAUUUGAGUUUAGAUUGUGGAUGUAUGCAACUGUUGAUAUACAAAAGUAUUGUAUUGAAUUUUUGAAAAAUUUUGUUGAUGCCAGAAAACAAAUGUGUCGAGAUCUAUUUGGUAUUCAAUUUUUUUUGGAUGUUCUUCAAAAUGUUUAUUGGUAUAGGCAAACUAAUACCUCUGUACCACACAGACAUCUUACAUCAGGUGCUAAUAGACCAAAAACAUCUCAAAUUAAAGAACUUCGUGGAAUGAUUAUUAAUAUGAUUGAUAUUAUUUCAUCUUAUGGUGGAUUUGAAUUUCUGUGUGAAAUGUUGAAACGAAGAGAUGAAAAUGUUCGUUUGAAUUCUAUCAAAAUAAUUACAUAUUUGAUCUCUUGCCCUUUGACUCCAAUUCAAUUUGUAAAGAAGCUUAGAUUUGAAGAGUCAGGCAUUAACAAUCUAUUAAAGUUAAUGGAAGGUGAAUCAUUAACCAUUAAUAUUUAUUAUGCAUUGCUGGAUUGGGCAUCUGAAAAUUUUAAUUUGGCUAAAGUGACAUGUGAAAAGGAACUCGAAUCAUCCCCAUCAACCACAGCCACCACCAUGAUGAUGAUCCAAGUUAAAAAUUUUAGAAUAAUUUUUUUAAUUUUGGCAUUAUUAAAUUCUGAGGGCACAAAAAGAAAUGACAAAUGUAUUCUAGCACAAAAGGCAAAUAAAGUUACUUCAGAUUGGGCUUUAGAAUGUUUAGCAAUUAUUAUAUGGAAUAUUUUGGAGGUCAAUAAUGAUGGCUAUCGAGUUGUUGAAGAAACUAUAAUCUAUUUAUGGACAAGUGAUAGACAAGAUUCUUUAGAAACAAUUCGUUCUUUAUUAAUACAACUUUUGACAUUAACUACUAAAGAGUGUAAAAAUUCAAUUGAUUUAAUUCAGACAUUAAUUCAAAAACAAAAUUCAACUAUACAAAAAAGUAAUAAUUCUCCAUCAGGAAGUUAUUCUUCUUCAUUUAAAUCUAUAUAUGAAUCCACGUUUACUCCACAGAAAUAUGAUGAUAUAAUCUUUCAAAGUCCAAGUAAUCCAUGGGAAGAUAAUAAGACUUUAGCUCAAUUGUAUUUUGAUGUUGUUAAUGUUCUAGAUACAGCUGGAAAUUGGAGAAUGGAUUUACCAAGUAAUAAAAAUGGAAUAAUGCAACCUGGGGAUUUGUGUAGAAUGGUAAUGAGAAUUUUAAUUGCUGGUAUUACAAUCCCAGAUCAAGAAUUACGUGAAAAAUGUAUUGAUCAAUUAAUGGAAUUUCUUGAAAGACAUGUAAAAUUACCCCCUGAUUCAUUUUCUACUACUGAUGAUGACAAUAGUAAUUACACAUCACCAACAGAUAAAAAAAUUUUGGGAGGAUUUUAUUGUCAUGAUAGUGAUAUUUUUCAACAACAUAUUCUUUUACUUUUGGGUGAAAUUCAUGAUGCAUUCAAUGGUGGUGAUAAUCCAAUUUUUGAUGAAGUUUUUGAAUCCAUAUGGUCAGGAUCAAAAUUAAAUAUACAUAUCUUUAUAAAGUUUGUUGAAUCACGUAAUUGGAUGGCAAUAUUUGAUAAAUAUGUAGUUCAUGCAAUGAGAGAUGCAGUUGAAGUUGAAUUCUCGAUAGUAAAACGUAUGUUAGCACGUUUUUCAAAAAAAUUAGAUAUGUUCCUACAUUGUUUAAGAAAAGAAGAAUCAGCAACACUUAAGCCGGGGGAGACUUUUGACAAAAAUUUAAAUUCAAUUAUCAAAUCUUAUCAAGGUGAAGAAAUUUCUCGCCUAAAUAGUCUUGAAGUUGAAAAGAAAAAUGAUUAUAUUAGGACUUCAAGAAGAUGGUUAUCCAAGUUUCAUGAAUUGACUCAAGAACGUGGUGUCUGGUCAAUAGGAGGAAAUAAGGCUGCUGAUAUUCAUUGGAAACUUGACAAAAAAGAAAAUUAUUCAAGAAUGAGGCGAAAGCUUACAACCAAUUAUGAUUAUGAUCCACAUCUUGAAGCAAGUGCAAAAAGAAACAAAAUGCAUAAAUUAAAUAAAAAUAACAAUAACGAUUCAUUAGCAUCUCAAAAUAAAAUCAAAAAUAUUCAAAGAUUAAAAAGGGCAUCAUCAUCAUCUAAUGUCAAUAAAUUUGGAUAUAAUUCACCGCCAUUUUUGAAUUCAAUUGAACCAUUAACAGAUGGUAAUUGGGCUUUUAAUAUAACGUCUUUAAUCUCUGAAUCUGAUAUCCCAGAAGAACCAAAGGAUCAAGAAUGGAAUAUUGUUGUGGGUGAUGAUGUUGUUGAUACUUUUGAUCUAUCAGCUGAUAAAUUUAUAUUUAAAACAGAUUGUGAACUAAUAAUACACUUAUCUGCCAUCAAAGGUCAUUUAGAACUUACUACUACUCAUUUAUCAUUAAUAUUGGAUCAUCAAGAUUUGUUGGAACAACUCAAUAAUAUUGAGCAGGGCUCUAUAAUUGUAGAUAGUGAGGUAUUACUAGACAAAAAAUGGUCUAUUUCAGAUAUACGAGAGAUUCAUAUGCGAAAAUAUCUUUUGAAAAAUAGCGCUCUUGAAUUGUUCCUUACAGAUCAAACCAAUUAUUUUUUUAAUUUCCCAAAUCCAAAAGAUAGAAAAAUCCUUCAUUCAAAAAUAAUAUCAUUUCAUCCACCCUCAAUGAUCAACCAAGAUACUCGUGACCCCACCAUGAUGUUUUCCAGGUCAAAUUUGAUAGGACGUUGGCAAAGGCAUGAAAUUUCCAACUUUGAAUAUUUGAUGCAUCUAAAUAGUUUUGCUGGAAGGUCUUACAAUGAUUUGUCACAGUAUUUUGUAUUUCCAUGGAUUCUAUGUGAUUAUGAGUCAGAUACAUUAGAUUUGUCAGACCCCAAAAUUUAUAGAGACUUGUCUAAACCAAUAGGAGCUAUUAACCCUAUAAGACUGGAACAAUUUGUUGAGCGGUAUGAGUCCUUUUAUGAUCCUUCUGGACGUAUAAAGCAAUUUCAUUAUGGAACACAUUAUUCAAGUGCAGCAACAGUGGCUUGUUAUUUAAUUCGUUUAGAACCAUUCACAUCUAUAAAUAUUUCAUUACAAGGGGGGAAAUUUGACCAUGCUGAUAGGCAAUUUCAUUCUAUCCAGGGAGCUUGGCAAGCUUGUUUAAAUUCCAGUGGUGAUGUUAGAGAAUUGACUCCAGAAUUCUUCUAUCUUCCAGAAUUUUUGGUAAAUCAUAAUAAAUUUGAUCUUGGAGUUCGACAAGAUGGUGUACCUGUAGAUGAUGUCAAAUUGCCAAAAUGGGCAAAAUCCCCUGAAGAUUUUAUUCGUAUACAUCGAGAAGCAUUAGAAUCUGACCAUGUAUCAGAAAAUUUACAUCAUUGGAUAGAUUUGAUUUUUGGAUAUAAACAAACUGGAGAAGAAGCUGUUAAAGCAUAUAAUGUAUUUUAUUAUUUAACAUAUGAAGGUGCUAUUAACAUUGAAAGUAUUCAAGAUCCAAUCGAAAGAAAAAGUAUUGAACAACAGAUUUAUCAUUUUGGUCAGACACCCACUCAACUUCUCAAAGAACCACAUCCUAAACGAUUUCCUAGUAAAAAAUUUUUGAAAAAAAAUUUGUUGAACUCCUUGGAUAGUCAGGAAUAUUUCUCAUUGAAAUCUAAUAAGCUAGUUUUUGUUGAUUUGCCAUCACCUGACUUUAUGAACUUUUCUGCCAUUGAUUUACAACAAAUUAUCACUGUUGAUGAAAAUGGAUUAGUUGGUAAACAUAAUCUUUUGCCUAAACCAACAGCUCCAGAAAUAAAAAGAUUUGAAGUAGAUCCUGGCUUACAGUAUAAAAGUCAAUUGAAUAGUCCAUUUUCUUUUGAUGUAAAAAUUACACCAAGAAGUUUCGCAUGUAGUAAAGAUGGGAAAGUUCUCAUAAGUUGUGGACAUUGGGAUAAUUCAAUAAAAGUUACAUUGACAGAAACGGGAAAGAUUAAUGACAGCAUAUCAGGACAUGAUGAUAUCCUUUAUUUAUUAUUUCUUAACUGCUUUGCACAUACUGUGACAACUGUAGGAAUUAGUGAGGAUGGAAGAAUUGUUGUUACAGGUUCAAGGUCUUCUGAUUUGUUGUCUUGGAAGAUCAAUAUGACAGAUGAUUUUGAAUUUUUAAAUAUUGAACAUAUACCCAUGCAUUCAUAUUAUGGCCAUGAUGAUGAGGAUGGAACAUGUAUCAUUCAUUCACUAAGGAAUGCAAACUACAUACGAACAUUAUGCCCAUUUGAAGAUGACGAAUCAUCUGUUGAAUAUGUAUGCAUAACCAAAGAUGCUAACAUAGUCAUAUAUAUGGAAUAUAAAAAUGAAUAUUUUCUUCAUACUUACAGUAUUAAUGGAAAGCUUUUAAAUUCAAUGCAACUAUCUGUUAAAAUAGAACAUAUGAUUUCUUCAACUGAAAGUAAUUCGAUAGUUACAACAACUAUUGGAAAAGAUGAAAGAAAAUUAUAUCAUGAAUUCACAGUUCCAUUAAUUGCAAAUUGUCUUAAAUUAAGUAAUAACGAUAUGCAAAUGUGGAUAACGGGAAAUAAUGGCAAAUUAUUAAUAGUUUCUGAUAAAAAUUAUUCAAUAAGAAAAUUUCCAUCAAUUUAUAAAAGAAUAUUCUUUAAUGUAAAUAAUCUAAAUAAUAAAAAUAGAACAAUUAAACCAUUACAAUUUGUAAUGAAAAGUAACCUGUCUCAAGAUGAAUAUCAUCGACUAUCAGAAGAAACCAUGGAAAAAUUAUAUGAAAAUUUGGAAAGUCUAGGAGAAGAAACAGAUAUCGAUGAUUAUGAUGUUGAAUAUUCUUGUGGUUCAAUGGGUACAUAUGUUAUAAAUAAACAACCUCCUAAUAAACAAAUCUGGUUGUCAUCACCGGUUAGUGGGCCAAAACGUUACGAUUAUGAUUUCAAAUAUGAAAAAUGGUUUUAUCAUCAUGAAAAUUCAACCUUAGAUGGAUUAUUAAGUGAUGAAUUAUCACAGAUCUUCAAGAGAAACGUGAAGUUAUCUUUUUGA